AUGUCCCAUCAUGUUCACCUUAACUCCAAAUCUCUCGAAUUACUUCGCCUUAUUAAUGCUAUGACCUCUGUAAACCUUAAUAAUAACUUAAGAGCCUUGAAUGACAUUGAGUCCAAGCUCAUUAGCCUUGGUCACCUGGCUGGGCAACUUGGGAGUUUCAUUGGUGAGAGUGAGAGUGUUAAGAAAGCCGUUAAGAAUGCUAUUAUCGCUUGUUUCGACACUAAUCCAGACCUUAAAAAUGACCUAAAAGAUGAUUACUCUUCUCUUGUUACUAACCUUUCUGAGUCUGUCAAGUCUGCUGGCAAGCCUGUUGACACCGAGAAAAUUAGGGAGCUUAGUGAGCAAAUUAAGAAAGAUAUUCAGCUUACUGAAGAGACAAUUAAGAAGCUUGAAUCACCUAAAAUUAACUCUCCUCCUUCCCCCUCUCCCUCUGCUGAGCUAGACAAAUUGCAGUCCAAGUUGGAGGCUUUGCAGAAAGUGAAGAAGCUUUGUGAAUUUUUGACUAAUCCUAAGAAUCAACAAAAUGAGCCUAAAAAUAUCCUUGUUAACCUCUGUACUGGCCUCGAAAGCUUCCUCGGCUUCAACUCUGCUUCCAAAGGCUACGAUGGCAGUGGCAUUGUGUACUCCGACCUGGACAGGCUGUGUGACGCGGUGAUGGGAUUUUUGUAUCAUAUGCUUAAGGAUGUCAGCGAGAAACAGCCUUACAGUGUGGGUAAAACAAUACUAAAUGACAUUGUUACUGAGCUUGGAAAAAGAUUAUCCACCGGGCGUGAGGGUUUUAUGGUCAUUGCGCAGGUGGCGGAGAGGGUGCGGGAGUAUAAUGAGAGGGUUAGGAAGGGGAAUGAUAUUGUCAAGAACAAAAUUGUUAAAUUCGACGGACAAAUGAAAGAGCUAAAAUCAACGGUAAGUAAAAUUUUAAAUGAUCAUUCUGCUGCAGAUCAUGUCGAGGAGGUCGAGGCGGCCGAGACGUCAAUUUGGACAAUGGUGCAUGAGUUCGUUGGCAACAGCGAGACGUUUGAGGAAAACAUGAACAAUGCGCAUAAAUACAUUUUAGACUUGAACUCUAAUUUACGUGAUAAAGUUUUUAUUGCUCAAAACAAUAUUGUCAAUGAACGUGAUAGGCUGAGUAAGUUGUCCGCUAAAGAGUGGGAAGACUUCAAGGCUAUGAAAAUAAUUAUUGAUAAAGCUCUGAAUAAUCUCAGAGACGAUGUUAAGGCGGAGAUUGCCGAAAAAGUGGACAAGCUUGUGGAGCAGUUGAAAGCUGCGGUGAGGAAUAUAUCGAAUCAGCUUAGAAAGCUUAAUGUAUUAUUAAAGGAGUAUGUUAUAGAGCUGCAUAAGUGGAUCAAGCAUGCUCAGGAAAUUGUAAAAACGGCGUCGCAACUGUUAAGGGUAAUUAAAGAUGAAGUAAUUGAUCCAGAUGGCACAGCAACUAACGGCAAGAAAAAUCUCGAUAAUGCUAUUCGUAAGAUGAACAGUUCGUUGGAAAAAAAAGCUUCCGAGUUGGAAACGUGGAAGCUGGCUGCUGGUAGCCUUGUUAAGCAAGCUGGGCUGAGGUGUACGGAGAUUGCGCAUAAAGUGAAGACUAAAGAAGCAGAUUCCGAUAAAAUAUAUAAACAAGUUGACAUAUUGAAGCAAAAAACAAUAAGGCUAUUACGGGCGUACCAAUCCGUCCAUGGAACUGUUGACAGUUUGGAGGUCAAUAUUAAGGGAGCGUUGUCCGAUUUGGAAGGCAAGAUUCAAGAAGAUUUGCAUACAAUCAAAACCAAAAUAAAAGUGGCAUUGAAAACAGUUGUAAACGCUUUUAAAGGCGGAAUUGAAAAGGCUGCGCAAAUUGAUGGUUCUGACAAUGCUGCAUCCCUUAUUCAAGAUUUCUAUUAUUAUAUGGAUGACAGGAAAUCAAACUUGUAUAAGUGGGCGGAAAAUUCUCAGAAUGCCGGUGGGCUGAGUAGUGCCCUUGAAGAGUUAGCUAGGGCUUUUCCGGUUAAACACUUAGGCCCAUUGAAAACAUUUUUGGGGAAAUUUCCCAGCUUUGAGGCAAGCGUAUACGGUGAACAGAAAACCUUCUUUACAGCCAUCAUCGAUGAUCUCGACGGUAAGGUGGAUGAGCAAUUGCAGCAACAGGGCAGAGGAAAUAGGGUCCAACUCAAGGUACUAAAUAAUUAUAUUCAAGAGAAGGAGCGAAAAUCAUCUGGGAAAAGCCGUUAUCAGCAGUUGCUUGAAAACGCUCCCAAGGCGCUAGACGGGUUCAAGAACAUGACUGAAUUUGGUGAACAACAGGGGCCACUUGGUGAAGGCACCAUCAACGGAGCUGAAAGAGCUGUAAUUAAGCACUUCACGGAUGUCACCGCCCAACUUAACGACAUUGCCGGAAUGAUUGACAGCAACACAAAGACACAAGUUGGAAGUUAUGACACCAAGGACGGCAUCAAGCAGCGAUUGGAUGAUCUGCAAAAGAUUAUCACCAUGUCAGAAUCCGUAUCACUUGAUUCCAAUUUAGAUGAUAGCAUCUUAAGCUCUGUGCAGGGUUUGGCGCUGAUCAAAACACAACUACAAGGGCUGAGAGACACAGAUGUGCUCGACAUCAGCAACAAACUUAUUGCCUUAUGCAACGUUAUCACCAACGCCGCAGAUGGCGUCGAAACCAAUUUGAAGAACUUAAGCGAUGUGCAAAUUGCUAAGCAACUAGAGAGCAUCAAAGAUAAAAUUCAUGAUCUGCAAAACAUUAAUUUGGAAAAGGUCAUUAGAGCAGCCGACAGCUUCGUCAGUCAAGAGGCUGGCUUACUGGGCGAGAAAUAUGUAAGACAAAUCAAGGACUUCGUUGACGAAAGAGUGUCGUUAGCCAUAGCUGAUUUGACACAUCACGCACGGAAAGAUUACGUCACCACCAUGAAAUUGGUACUAGACCAAUUCGCCUUCAAAGUCACCACCGAACUCCAUGCCCUCCCUGAUGCCAUCGAUCGCGACUUAACCGUAGGCUUCAAGGGCUUCAUGAAAGAAUUCUACGGCGAUGAAAGUGGAAGCAAUAUUAACAAACUUCAAAAGGUCACUGAUGAAAAGGACAUCAGCGUACUGUCCUUCGCCUUCAACAAUUUUUUCACCGCAAUAAACCAUUACCUCCAGCAGGAGAUCACUAGGCGUAACGAUGAAGAGAACAGAAAGAAGAAUCCUUCCCUCCCGAAGACACCGGAUCCCUACGCAUCGAAGCUCACAGCUGUGUACACCGCGCUUGGCAACGUACUCAAACACAUCACCGACAAGAAUUAUUAUGACUAUAAGAUACCCGGUCUACUCGAUGAGCUGAUGAACGCUGUCAAUGGUCUCACGCCGCAAGAUUUUGCCGAUCCGAACACUGCCAUCCUUGAUGGCAUACGUGUUGGUCUGCGCGGUUUCGUUAACGAGAUGAGGAAGGCAUACAUAUCCUCUUAUGACUGUGCGAAAGGAAUUACGUGGGAUGGUACUUUUACGGACAAAGCACCUGAGGAAAGCAGAAAUGGUGUGAAAGUCUUCUUGACAAUUCAAAAGAUGCUUUCCGAUGACCUGACUGAGUUGUAUACGCAGUUGACUGAAAAGACUGUGUUGCGGGGGCUCAAAAUAUACGCAUCUUCUGAUGACAAGGAAAACACGCUAGGUGAUCUACUGCAAAAAUGCGGGUAUAAAUUAGGCAGUGAGAAUGGUAGGCAGGAUGGCGAGGUUCAGUGCUCUGCUAAAAUGAUGGGCAGAAACAUACUUGGUCACCUUACGCAAAAUAUUCAAAACGCGCACUAUAAUGAACAUCUUAAGCAGUGCAGACCAAAUAGGAAACGGUACAACUUCGGACUAAUCGAUAUAAUAGCGUGCAUCUUCCAACAUGUAAAUCAAUACUACACUGUCUGUCACCUACCAACUGUACAGUCAUCUAAGCUGCCAUGCAACAUUUACCAGAUGCUCUCAUGGCUCUGUGGCUUAACAUAUAAUCAAGUGUACCCGCAACUAUCGCUUAACGCAUUUAGCGAUUUGUUCGAUAAGGGUGAACAAUCUGCGCCAGCAGACAGUGAGGACGUAUCCUUCGUUGACGAAACUGCCGACGCAUUGCCAGCUUAUCCACAUGAAGUCAGCGUUGCAAAUCUCUCGACCACACUUAUGGAGGUAUGCCAUCAUUCGUAUGAGGUAUUGUGUGCAAUACUAGGCCACGGACACGCAGGUGGUCGUUACGCCUGUGAUUUCAAUACGAACCCGGACAAGUUGUCAUAUCCAAGUAACCCGUCAAAGUGUCUAGACCUAUGCAUAGAAAUACUGAUUAGACUAUAUAAUCAACUCUACUUCAUAUACGUUCAGUGUCAUCGUUUAUCAAACGCUGUGUCGUGGCGUGAUUGUUAUUAUGGUCGGCACGUGGGCGGUUCGUCAUGGGAGUGCAAUGAGAUACAAUGCGCUGACCUAAUUGCCAACCAAAGAGGUGCCCAAAAGUGUAACCAAAACGCUGCCCAAACGUGUGAGCAACACCCGAAGUGUGGCAUAAAGUCGCCUCUGCAGUCAUUCUUGGAGGAUGGUCUGCCUGGGUUUCUCCCUCACCCCUUCAAAACACCCAAUUGCAAACUAACUUGUGAAGCGCCAAACCAUCGUGGCAUACCAUGCAAAACUCCAAUGGGCUUUGCAGAUAUCAGUGUAACGGCGUCACAUACAAAAAAAGGAUCGCACCUCGCAGAGGCUUUAGCAGCUUUAUGCGGUACACCGAAUACACCCUUGGCUGCAAUCUGCGCCUCACUUACGUGCUUGUUACAGCGAGCUCCGCAGACCUUGGACGACAUGUUCUCAUUCUACUAUCAUCUACUUAAAGGUUGGAAUGGUAGUAACAGCAAACGCAAUACGCAUAAAUGCUAUGCUUUCAAUGAUGCCGUCACAAAGGCCCAUUUCGGUGAAGCAUAUCCAGAUUUGGAUAUAACCACGAUAUUUAAGGGCAGCGAUCACAGGACUGGUAAUCACGUUAACGGUGAGCUGCAUAGUUUAUUUACGUGCGAUUACGGUAACAAAACUGAAAUGGAAUGCGGCCGGUAUAUGCAGCCAUUUGGCCACAAUAUAUGGACAGUUUUCUCCGAAGUCAAUGCCGACAAAUAUCUCACUUGGAUUGUCUAUCUCACGGAAGCAUUUUACGAUUUACUCAAGAAGCUGUACGAAGAGUGUUGCAAAAACUGCAAAACCCCAGGAUCACGGUGUCAUGGUAAGACGUGUCACCAGAACUGUUUAGUUUCCCAUACCUCCACUCAUUCUAAAAACUGUAGGUCAAUUGCUCAGUGCCCAUUCACACGUCCGACAUUAUGCAAAUACGGAUUUGUAUUUCAGAGCGAAUCAAACCUCAGCGGAACAUAUGGCCCGGAAACAAAACGAACGUGCCAAGACUUCUGCAACGCAUUAAAUAAGGUUUUGAAAAAGGGUAAUGUUCUUGGCGAUUUGACAUAUAUCACCAUUCCGAACUUCCUUUGGAAAAUUAGAGAAAAAUUCUUCUGGACCACCGUCGCCCUCUGGCUCCUCUCUUUCCUCUACCUCCUCCACAUCAUGGUCAUCCGCCUCGACCUCCUCCACAUCAAAUCGCAUCUACGUAGUCCCUCGAGUCAUAGGAUUGCUGCUCAAUCACUACUUGCUGCUGCAAGAGUUGGAAGACUCAGCAAGAUAUCGUACCUUCAACCAUAA